AUGGACGGUUUCAUCGCCCGUGAGCUCCAAAAGCUCGACUCCAACAUCCCUUUCCGCGCGACUACCGACUAUCUGCACCAUACCUGGGCCAAGACCUUCUUCUCCCGACCUGAGCUCUACAUCCGCCCUCAGUCGAUCGAGGAAAUCCAGCAGGUGGUGAAGCUUGCCCGCCGGUACCGCCGCCGCCUGGUGACCGUCGGAAGCGGUCAUUCUCCCUCCGAUCUGACCUGUACCUCCUCAUGGCUCGUCAAUCUUGAUGACUUCAAUCGCAUCCUACACGUGGACCCUGAGACAUGCCUGGUGACCGUCCAAGCAGGCAUUCGCUUGUAUCAGCUUGGCCCACAGCUGGAAGAACAGGGCUUGACACUUGACAACCUCGGCAGCAUUGAUAGCCAGUCCAUUGCAGGUGUCAUCUCCACCGGUACCCACGGUAGCUCGCUCCGCCAUGGUCUGCUUUCAGAGUGCAUCGAGUCUCUGAGCUUGGUGCUGGCUAAUGGACAGCUGGUGCGCUGCAGUGCAACGAACAACCCAGACCUCUUCCGCGCCGCGCUGAUUUCCCUGGGCGCGCUCGGUAUCGUGGUCGAGGUCACCUUCAAGGCUCGACCAAAGUUCAAUAUCGCCUGGCGCCAGGAACGAUACUCUCUGUCCAGGGUUCUGAGCGAGUGGUCAACUGGCUUGUGGACUUCGACGGAAUUCGUCCGUGUCUGGUGGAUGCCCUACGAGAAGGGAGCAAUCGUCUGGCGUGCCGAUCCGACCGACCUGCCGCUUCAAGCCCCUCCCAAGAACUUUUACGGUGAAUCGCUUGGAUAUCACAUCUACCACAACCUUCUGGCGCUGGCUCAGUAUGUACCCCGGAUUCUACCCUGGGUGGAAUGGUUCGUCUUUGGCAUGCAGUAUGGCUUCCGCCCCGGUGCGGUCGUCACUGAAGCUGUCCAGCCAUCCCGUGAGGGCUUACUGAUGAACUGCUUGUACUCGCAAUUUGUGAACGAAUGGGCGUUGCCACUUGACAAGGGUCCCGAAGCCAUCAUUCGUCUUUCCGCCUGGUUGCAUGGUGAUCUGGAGACUGCGCGCAUUCCGUUCUCUCCCAAGGGCCUCUGGGUACACUGUCCCGUUGAGGUUCGCGUUUCGGACUCGACUCUCUCCUCCAAACCACGACCUUUCCUCGAUCCCACGUGCCGUGAUGGACCGACUCUGUAUCUGAACGCCACCUUGUACCGGCCAUACCUUCGUGACCCUCCUUGCUGGAAACGGUACUACGAGGCCUUUGAAUGGCUCAUGCGCGACAUGGGUGCUCGGCCUCACUGGGCGAAGAACUUCACCACCUUGGAUUCCACCGAACUACAGCGGCUGUACAAGGCAGACAUGGACGAUUGGCUGAAGGUGCGCCAGGACGUAGACCCAGAGGGCAUGUUCCUUGGUGAAUGGCACUGCCGUAAUCUGCCCUUGACCGGUCCCUCGGCCGUUGAGGCGGACCUGUCUCUGAUGGAGCGCGAGAGCGGACGACGCAGAUUAGGCGCUCGUGACGCCGGCGAUGGCGUCGAAUGGGUUGGCGAUCGUCGAUGGCAACAUGCGCCAUCUGAGCGCUCCUCAACAUCCUCGCCUGGUUUCCCCACCCCAGAGGGCAGCGAAGACAGUUACGAAGUCAUGUCCAAGGGUGAGGCCAGCAUUCUCCUCAACGGUGCAUAA